AUCGAUUGUCAAUAAUUUUGUAAUGUAAACAAAAUAUGACUGUCGAAAGGUGAAAGUUAAAAAGUUUUUUAAUAAUUAAAAACCACAUAAAAUCAAAUGUGAUGACUAGUUCGAGGGUAAUAAGGGGCACUAAGGCCAAAAUGUUCCUCUACGUUUGUGCCAUUUUAGCCAUUACUGGCCUCAUAGCUUGUUACAAUAGUACUUUAACCCAAUUGGAUGAAGUUAAAAAAUCUAAAGAUAUUUGCCAGCAGGAACAAGACAAUUUGUCUACACAACUACAAGUUAUAUCCGACUACAAGCAGAAACUAGAAAAAAGUCUGAAAAACGAAAAGGCCGAACACCAGCAAAGCAAAAACGCCCUGGAAAUCAAAAUAAACGAAGAAAAGAACCGAAACAAACAAAUCGCAAAUGACGCUUUAAUAAAGUACAACUCCUUGCAGCAACAUUACAAAUUACUGCAAACCGAACACGAUGAUUUCAAAGAGGAAAAUGGAAAAACACAAAAGAAACACUCUGAGGAAGUUAACAGUUUGCAACUAAAACUCAAAGAAGUUGAGGAGGAAUUGAAGAAAGUCAAAGCCUCUAAGGAGAGCCUCAAAACUCAAUUUACUGAGCUGGAGUUAGAGAAUAUUCAGUUGAAGUUGUUGCAAAAAAGUAAUACAACUGGCAAGUUUUAUGGGGAGGAAUAUAGGAUUUUGGAGGAUAAAUACAGGGCAUUAAUGAACAAGUGUGGUGAUCCUUCUGAGGAAACCCCCUUGGUACAAGCAGCCCCUUCAGAAAAAGCAGUCCUACAUGUUCCAGCCUUUAAAAGGGCCGAAAACCCUAGCAGCUCGACAAAAGCCCUUCCCAAAAUGUCACCCUCAAAGUCCAACUCAAACGGCGUCAAACCCGUAAACCUUUCUAGCCCUACUCCUGAAACAGUCAAAAAAGAAGUGAAUCUGAAAGCACCCCAAGGUGUGGUUGAACCUCCUGAAAAUCGAGAGGAUCAGAAUGAGCAGCCACAAGUUCAGAUGGAUCAGAAAGGUGUGGACGAUAAUGCAGCGCAUGAGGUUUUUGACGGACCAAAUGCUGACGGGUUGAAUUUUGCUGAUGAAAAAAUCAAUGGUGCAGUUGAACAGAAAAAUGACGGUAAAAAGAGGUAUGAUCAGGAUUAUAAGGAUUUACAACACGAGGAAGAAGGAGAUGAUGAUGCAGAUGAUUAUGGGGAUCGGCAUGUCAGAGGGGCAGGCGAAGUGGCAAUAAGAAACUAGCAAUAGAGUAUAGGUACCAAUUCAGUUUUAUUUUUCGUGUAAAAUAUAAAUGUAAGUAUAAUUGUUAGUUGAUUAGUUUUUUAUACUGUCCUUUUGUAUAUAAGAAUCUUUUUUUUGUUUUUCAAUUAGGCCUGGUUUAUUCAGUUUUAGAUAAACUUACUGGUAACAGACAAGAUAAAUUUACCAACUUAUGAUCCUGCUAGAUUUCAAAAGCUGAAUAAACAAGGCCUAAGUUUAAUAUUGAAAUAAUCUCAUUGCUCGAAUAAUUAAGAAUUUUUCGUUUUAUAGAAACAAUUGUGCCACUUUCUUUAUGAACUAUACCUUGAUAUUAUAUCAAUUUAAUGUGCAAUAUUUUAUAAAUUUUUCAAAGUGUCAUAGUUAUUGCAUUUACAUAAUGAGUUUUAUUUCCUAUAUUUUUUAAAACUAUCAUAAAUCCUGUCGUUUUGCUCGUACAAGUUUCUGUUUAAUUCCUGAAAAUCGAUUUCCCCAUUCGCUCCGCCGUAUUCUUUAGGUAAACUAUCACUGUUUAUGUGUUUGUGCAAAGAAUCCCAAUCCUCGAA